AUGGAGACAGAUCCGACGAUGGAUCCACAAGGGGACGUUGUCGAGAUUAUUGCGGACUACGGCCUGGGGGUGCUCGGUGUAGUUCGCCUCCUAUUUACCUUCCUCUACUGCUUCAUUCUAACCCUUUUGCCGCUUAUUGCUGGCUGGGUGGUGGCCUACCGGCUGUGGAUACACAAAUGGAGCUGGGUGCGGGAGAUCCUCUGGCGCGAUCCCACCCACAACCGCGUCGACUCGCGGACUCGCGGCACCUACCUCGCCCGCCGCCAGCCAUCCCUCGCCUCCGUGGCCGCAGCCGCCUCUUCCUCUUCCUCCUCCAAGAAGACGCACCACCAGCAGGUGCAACAGCAACAAGCGCAGAAGACCCACACCCUCUAA